GGAGAAGGUCUGCCGCGCGAGCCCGUGCCGCGGCGCUCUUGCCCCGACCCCGGCUUGGCCCCGCGCCACCUUCUUCUUGCGGCGGUCAGGGGCGCCCGCCGACCUGCCGCCAGGGGGUACUUAGCCGGGUUCCCUCGGCCUGCUUGUGCCCCUGGGGGGGGGGUCUCGCCGAUCCUCGCGAGGAGGCGCUGGGGCUGCUCGGGCUGGGCCGCGGCCUCGCCCUCGCGCCCGACGCCGCGACCUUCAACUCUGCCAUCGCCGCCUGCGGCCGCGCGGGCGAGGCGGGGCGCGCGAGGGGGCUGCUGGACGCCACCGUGCGGAGCGCCUCUGUGCGGGCGGACGUGAUCUCCCACACGGCCGUGCUGAGCGCCUACGAGCAGGGCGGCCAGGCCGAGGAGGCGCUCGAGGCGCUUGAGGCCAUGCGGAGGCAGCUGGUGCGACCGGACUUGGCCGCCUGCGGGGCCGCGAUCAGCGCGUGCGAGAAGGGCGGCCAGUGCUGGGAGGCGCUGCGGCUGCUGCACCACAUGGAGGAGCGCGGCCCGCAGCCGAGCGCGAUCGCCUACGACGCCGUCCUGCGCGCGCUGAGCCGCGCCGGCGCCUGGCAGGAGAGCCUCGGCCUGCUGCAGCGGCGGGCGGCGCGCGGGCUGCGGCCGGGGCGCAGCGCGCUGGCGGCCACGGUGCGGGCGUUGGGCACGCCCGGGGCGCCGCUGGAGCUGGCCGGCGCGGCGCUGGGGCUGUUCGAGGCAGGGGUGGAGGACGUCUCGCGCCUGGACCUGGAGGAGCGGGGGUGCGGGCGGAGGGGCCCUCUGUACGAAUUCUGGUGCCUACUGUCUGUAAGUCUCGCUCUGAAGUUCUGCAGCGAAUUAGUGCCCUUCCCCCGCGGCAGGCACCUGAGGGCGGAGUGGGUGGGGGUCUCGAUCAUCCUGUUGCUGAGCUGUGCCACCCUUCUCACCAGCUUGCCUCUCUUCGGGGAGUUGUGUAUUGUCAAGUUUGUGGUCGGCAUUGUGUUCUUUCCCCUUAAGGAGCACGACGCGCGCCUGGAGGCGGACGCCGGGGCGCUCGCCGCGCGGCUGGAGGCUCGGCACGCGUGCCUGCAGGGCCGCGCGGAGGAGACCAGGGGAGGCGGCUUCGAGAUCGGCGUGCGCGGUUCGGGGUUCCCGUCCGCGAGCCUCCACCUGUACGGCUCUGUGCUGGAGGGCACCGCGGGCGGGGGCGACGACCUGGACUUCACCGCCGAGGUGGCCGACGCGGAGCUGUGUCGCGGCCUCCGCGGCCCCGCCACGCCAGACCUCCUGCGCCUCGUGGCCCUGCGCGACGCGCGCGGCCUGGCCCGCGGCUCCGAGGCCUGGCGCGCGCGCAGCGCCGCCUUCGCGGUGAGGACGCCCUCGCUGGCGCUGUGGCACGUGCCCAGCGGCAGCAAGGUGGACCUGACCAUCAACAAAUUCAUCUGCGUCGAGAAGAAUAUGUUCCUCCGGGCCCGCAGUGACCCGCUGGCGCGCAGGCUCGUCAGCCUGGUGAAGGUCUGGGCCCGGAGGCGCCAGAUCUACGGGCGCGGGCGCCUUUGCGGCUUCGGGUUCGCUCAGCUGGCCAUCUUCUACACGCAGGUGUCCUCGCAGCCAGCGCGCGGCGAGCAAGGGGUGGCCCGGAGCCUCUCCCGCUUGCUGCGCGGCUUCUUCCGGUUCUACGCCCACGAGCUGGACUGGGCGAAGGAGUGCGUGUCCGUCGCCUCUGGGCGCCGCACGCUGAAGGGCUCGCCUCGCAUGCGGGGCAUGCCUCACCUGUGCAUCGAGGACUGCCUGGAGCGAGAGGUGGACCUGUGCAUCCCCCACCUGCCGGAGGCAGAGGGCCGCCGGCUGCGCCGCGAGCUGCGGCGUGGGGCUGAGCUCCUGCUUGCCGAGGCGCCCUCCCUGGACGCCCUGCUCCAGGAGUCGGUCGCCGCAAACAGCGGCAACUCGCAGGGCAGAGCGGCGGCGACGCAGCAGCACUUCAGGCAGACGCGGUACCCGAAGUACAUGCGUAGGUCGUGGCCGCCGCCGUCCGCGUCGAGCGAGCCAGAGCCGCUGGGCAGCGGCGCAGCAGGCUGGGCCUCGGUCACCGCCACCGACGGAUCCCAGAAUCUGGUUUUCGCCACGGCGGCGAAGAUGGUGAUCGUGUCCAGCUUGUACUGGUCGGUGGUGGUAGUUACCUCCCUGCUGUCGUUUGAGGUCGGCGAGACCCUGCGACCACAGCCGGCUUUCAGCGAUGGCGGCUCGUGCAGCUGCGGCUCGGUCGGCUUGCUGGCGUUGUCGAGCUCGUCGACCGCUGCCUGGAGGGACUUGGGAAAGUCGGCGAGCGUGGUGCCCUCAGUGGGGAUCUCUCCGGGCAUGGCCUUGAGCUGCUGCACCGUGACCCCGCCAGCUGCGGGUGUGCUCGCGCCGUACAGCUUCGCCGCGUCCUGCUUCGCCGACUCGAGCUCCUUCUCCAACUUAGCCACUUCAGCCUCCGAGGUAGAUGCCGCCUCGAGCAGCUUGAGAGGCCCUGGCGGCUUCGUCGACAGCUUGAGGAGCUUCACGACCAGCAGCGCCAAGUAG